GUUGGCAGCGCCGUCGGGACCGGUUCCUAAUCUGCAAUUUGAUUGGUUGCCCCUGCACUAGGUGUUGCGUUUGUUCAUUGAGAAGCUGGUCUUCGUCCAUACGCUUGGAAAAUGUUGGUGCUGGUAUUGGGAGACCUUCACAUUCCUCACCGCUGUAACACUUUGCCAGCCAAGUUCAAGAAAUUGUUGGUACCUGGUAAAAUCCAGCAUAUUUUAUGCACAGGAAAUCUUUGCACCAAAGAGAGCUAUGAUUAUCUUAAAACACUGGCUGGAGAUGUCCACAUUGUCAGAGGAGACUUUGAUGAGAAUUUGAAUUAUCCAGAGCAGAAGGUGGUAACAGUGGGGCAAUUCAAAAUUGGAUUGAUCCAUGGUCACCAGGUGAUUCCCUGGGGAGACAUGACUAGUCUGGCUCUACUGCAGCGGCAGCUGGAUGUCGAUAUCCUCAUAUCCGGACACACGCACAAAUUUGAGGCUUUUGAACAAGAGAGCAAGUUCUAUAUCAAUCCAGGCUCAGCCACAGGUGCCGGUAACGCACUGGAAGGAAAUAUCAUCCCUUCAUUCGUACUAAUGGACAUUCAGGCAUCCACAGUAGUCACUUAUGUUUACCAGCUGAUUUCUGAUGAUGUAAAAGUAGAACGGAUUGAAUACAAGAAGUCCUAAUUUUUUGUCAGCUGUUUUUUAUAUGUAUAAUUUCACUCCUUUUCCCUUUCAAUUUUAUUUCCCUUUUCAACCUUGAUCAAAUUAAUUGUAUUAUGUAUGUGAAUUGUAUGUUUAAUUUCCACUAAAACUAGUUGUUAACUAUU